GCCAUUUUGGCUCAAGCCAGGCCCAAGCCAGGAUGUGCUACGCAAUUCGCAUUAAUUGAUGUUUUGCGUUCGCUUUGUUCUCGCUCUGCCGCUGCUGGGUAUCCGCAUCGCCCUUGUCGCGGCGCAGCUGUCUAUUCAUUUCCUCAUAGUGCAGUUGAUUGGUGAGGAGUUCGCUUCCACUGCUCUGGCACUUCAGCGGACGGGAGUUCUGUAUCGGCCACUGGCCGCCCUCAACGACUUGGCCAAUAGGGCGAAACAUCGGGGGUUCCUUGGAUGGUGGCCAUCUUGGAUGUCUCUUCGCCGAGCGAGGUCCAAGCGCAGCAAGCAGUCCAAGCCUAUCCCCAUAUCGAUCUUCGAGGCUCUGGAGCGAGACGGUGUUUUUGGUCCACUUUCGAAUUCUGGAUUGUCCCCUUCUGCUUCGCCGUUUGUUCCCUGUGAUCAAUUACAGUCAAAUAAAUUGAUGCAAGCUCUUAUCGAGUCUCAAAAUUCUACAAUUUCUGGCCUGGUCCAGGAGCUGGAGGAUGCACGUGCCCAUUCUUCUUUGCAUGUCCCGUCACAGGCUUACAAUGGCGCUUCGGCACUCAAUACACUUGUUGCUCGGGUGGACGCUGUCACGUUAUCUCUUCAGAAGUGCUCUGCGGACAUCAAGAGGCUGGCCAACUCAAUGGGGAAGUCCAUCGAUGCUGGGCUGGAUCGACGCUUGGAGGUUCGGCUGGGCGCGCAUGCGCAAAGGGUGCAGCAGGAGGUCAUGAAGGCUGUGGAUCAAAUGCUGGUGAAGGUGAAGCAGCUGGGCACUUUCGUGCCAGCCUCCCCGCACGAUACUUUUGCUGCCGCCUCUGGCGGCCCCGCCGCGCGCGCCGCUGAUGAUGGAGGCUCUCAGCCGAGAUUGACUCGCCGGCAGAGGCGAGCAGCCCGACUGGCCAGCCCGACCAGUGCGAGGCACGUCGAGGCCGCUGCUGCAGAUGGGACGUGCGUCACACAGAGUGCGAUGGACACGGAGUGCGAGCAGUCCACUUCUCGGUGCGCGUCCUCAUCCGCUGGGUCGGGCUCCUCCCUGGGCGCGAACGCCUCCGCAGAGAGGACAGAGGUGCAGGCUCCAGAGGCCGAUCUGGCACAUUUUGUCCGUCAUGAAAUCAACCUCGACUGGUGGGCCCAAAUGCUCAAUAUCAUGUCCGUGGAAGGGGUUGAGUUGGGGGCUCUGGCAGCAGCGGACUGCGACACGGAUUGUGAUGCACCAGCCCCAACGCCAGCCCCGACACCAGUCCCGUCGCCCGCUCCGUUGGAGCAACAACUGGCAUGCUCUCGCCUUUCUGCGAGCACCACACCUUCUACGUUCAGUGUUGGCUCUCGCCAUUUUGGCACCACACCUAAAUCAAAUAAAGUGAAUCUGGGAUCUUCGAGGACUUCUGAGAAGGCUGCCGCCGUCUUGUGGGAAAGGUAGGCCUUUCUAGCCCUUGGAAUCCUGCUGUGCGCCUCAGGUACGAGUGACAGACACAGACACAGACACACACACACA